AUGGUCGUGUUUGCCCUCCUCAUCAUCAACAAGGCCGGUAUAUAUCGCCCAAGCUUGCCUCACGGUCCCGGUACAUCUCGACUGACGCUGAACAGGUGGUCUCAUCUACAACCGCACCUUUGCCCCAGGCCUCCAGAAGCUCGACUCCAAUGACUAUCUCAUUCUCGCCGGGACUUUUCACGGCAUCCACGCCAUCUCGAGGAGCAUCAACCCGGCGCCGCCCGUACCGCCUCAGCCGGGCAAUCGCAAACCGCCCACGACCGGCAUCGAGAGCCUGGAGAGCAGCCAUUUCCGAUUGACGUGCUUCCAGACACCCACGGGAGUCAAGUUCUUGCUGUUCACCAGCCCGGAGCAGCCGAACACGGCGCUGGUGAUCCGGCGGUGUUACGAGCUCUACGGCGACUUCGUCAUGAAGAAUCCGUUCUACAGCAUGGAAAUGCCCAUUCGCGUGGAGAAAUUCGACAGAGCCCUGGGUGGCUAUUUGCUCAGGCCAUCAUGA